UAGUUAUUCGGCGUUGAUAGGUUAGUCGAUUUAUUGUCGGCGACUGUUAGGGGAAUUAAGCGCCAUUUUGUUUGGAUUCGAAAUGAUCCGGUCAUCUUCGCUGAGAAGAGUUUGGAGGACAAGGGAACUUUCGUUAUACUUUUACAGUCAGUCAAGGCAGCUUGCUUCAGCGGCUCCAGGUGCAAAUCAAGUGAAGAUAGUGGAAGUUGGACCACGUGAUGGACUGCAGAAUGAAAAGACAAUUAUCCUUACUGAAACCAAGAUAAAGCUCAUUAAUAAGCUGUCAGAGACUGGGCUACCUGUGAUUGAGGCUACAAGCUUUGUUUCUCCUAAAUGGGUUCCACAGAUGGCUGACCAUGUGGAAAUCAUGAAAGGAAUUGAUAGAAAACCUGGUGUAUCUUAUCCUGUCUUAACACCUAACCUGAAGGGUUUUGAGUCCGCUCUUGCUGCUGGGGCAAAGGAGGUGGCCAUAUUUGGUGCUGCGUCUGAGUCAUUCAGUAGGAAGAACAUCAACUGUUCAAUAAAGGAGAGUCUUGCCAGGUUUGAGGCAGUUUGUCAGGCUGCAAAAGAUAAUGAUGUCAAAGUCAGAGGCUAUGUUUCAUGUGUGGUUGGAUGCCCUUAUGAAGGCGAAAUCAACCCAAAAGCUGUUGCAGAGGUGGCAUACAUCAUGCACGAGAUGGGCUGUUAUGAAAUUUCGCUUGGUGAUACCAUUGGGGUGGGAACCCCAGGGUCUAUAAGACUGAUGCUCGAAGAAGUUGUAAGCAGGCUACCAACUAGUGCAUUAGCCAUUCAUUGUCAUGACACCUAUGGACAAGCAUUGGCCAACAUUCUAGUCUCCCUACAGGUUGGCAUUCGUACAAUUGAUGCUAGCGUCAGUGGACUGGGAGGGUGUCCAUAUGCUGCGGGUGCCUCAGGGAAUGUCUCCACAGAGGAUGUAGUCUAUAUGCUUAAUGGGCUUGGCCUUCGCACUGGUGUUGAUUUGCACAAGUUGAUAAAAGUUGGUGAAUUCAUCUGCUCUGACCUGGGAAGGCCCUCAGGCUCUAAGGUGACCCAGGCUGUCAUUAGUGCCCAGACCCCAAGCAGAUAGCAUAGAUUAUUAGUGCCCAGACCCCUGGCAGGUAGCAUAGAUUAUUAGUGCCCAGAUCCCAAGCAGAUAACAUAGAUCAAUAGUGCCCAGAUCCCAAGCAGAUAGCAUCGAUGUGUAUUGCGUGACAGGAUGUGACAAGAUAAUAAUAGGUAUCAGUAUAAAUCCACGCACAUACUAUUACGAAUCUCGCAAUUUGAUUGGCUCCCGUACUCACCAUUUAUUGAGCCAUAGGUAGUGAAUAGCGAAAAAGCUGGCGUUUUCGCGCCAUAAGCGGUUAUCUAUUACUGAUAAUUCAUUUCUCGGUAAUAGAUUGUUUUUCGAAGGUAGUAUGUGAGUGGAUUUAUACUAAAACAAUUAGACUACUCGUUCUCGUUUUCUAUGAGUCAAAUACGGGGCUACGCGCCUCGUUGAGUAUCUAUUGACUCAUAGAAUACUCGAACUGGUAGUCUAAUAGUUAAAUAGUCAAAAAACACCAGUUGCAUAUCACCGAUG